GCGCCAAAGUCCACUAUUCACAUCUCUCCUUUUUUUUUUUCUAUAUAAUUCAUCGUUUCCUUCCACAAACCCAUCUCUAAUUCUCCACGACCUUCUCUAUUUUCAAAUUUCAUCGUUGAGUUUUUUUUCUCUGUAGUAUCAAUGGCUGGUGCUAUCAAGGUUCAUGGAAUCCCCACUUCCACAGCCACUGGUAGGGUUCUUGCUGCCCUUUACGAGAAGGAUCUUCAUUUCGAGCUUGUGAAUGUCAAAUUACACGAAGGAGAACACAAGAGAGAGCCCUUUAUCUCGUUGAAUCCCUUUGGUCAAGUUCCUGCAUUCCAAGAUGGAGAUCUGAAUCUUUUUGAAUCAAGAGCGAUCACACAAUACAUCUCUGGAAAUUACGCUAGUAAUGGAACCCAGUUGAUUCCUCAAGAUCCCAAGAAAGCGGCUGUCGUACUAACAUGGAUUGAAGUGGAGAGCCACCAUUUUGACCCAGUGGCCAUGAAAUUAGUGUUCGAGCUUUGCUUAAAACCAGUUUUUGGGUGGGGUGAUGCCGAUCCUGCAGUGGUUGAGCAAAGUGAAACUGAAUUAGGCAAAGUUCUUGACAUCUAUGAGAAAAGACUGACUGAGUCAAAAUACUUAGGAGGUGAGUCCUUCAGUUUGGCUGAUCUACACCAUCUCCCUGUUUUGGGCUACUUGUUGGCCACACAAUCCAAGAAACUGUUUGAAUCUCGACCCCAUGUCAAUGCUUGGGUGGCUGAUAUCAUAGCCAGGCCAUCUUGGGCAAAAGUUGUUGAACUUCGCAAGUAAAUUGAGUCUUGGACGACUUUACAGCUGAGUCCUUCAUUUGAUGUGUGUGUUUGAGUCAUAUCAUCAUAUCAUCAAAUCAUAAACUUUAAUAAAAGGCUGUGUUCUGUGUAGUGUAGUCCUCUCCAUGUAUUGGAGAUCACUCUGUGUUUUCUUCUUCAUCAUCUUUUGUUUUAGAGUAUCUUGUAUUGAGAGAGAUUGGUUCUUCUGGAUUUGAUUUUAUGAAUAUAAAUUAGAUCUCUGUGAUCAAUCUUCAGAAGAA